UCAAUGCAGAGUGGAAGGAUUUGAAAACCGAGGCGUGCGCAUCAUAAUGACCAGCUGAUGCUGUGAUCUGCUGUUCAAGUUUGCAAGAAAGGCAAAAACAUGAGCUACAUUGAGCCAGCUGAGCUUCAGUGUACCGUAGCAGUGGAACGCUUGAAUCCGGCAGGUCAAGCCAUCAAACGGCAGCACAUACGCAAAGCCACCGUCGUAUUAGGUCGCAACGAGUUUCAGGAAAUCGUUAUGCGUGUCCACGAUGGCAAAGCUCCUCAAAGCUUCAUGCUGCGUGACUUCCGGCUUUUCACUCGUUUUGCAAAGGACGGUAAAUGUACAGUUAAAUUCGUACCGGAGAACACACAGGUUCUGAUCUCGGACUGUCCGCCAGAUCGUUUGAAGAUGUUCCUGAAGACGCUCAGCAUCAAGCACCAGGCAUCCCAAAGCGUCAAACCUAUGAGUCAUAGAGCUAAAAUACGAGCUGGUCUUCCUCGAUCAUUUGAGACCAUCAGUCCUCUCCAGCUGAAAGAUGUACAGAAGGCGAACGAGCUGAGAAGUCAAGUAAAUUCCCCGAUCCAACUCAAAGGUCCUUCAGAAAGAUCUGUCAAUAGAAUCCUGGGUGAAAGGCAACAAGUAAAGAGACCCAGACCUGAAUGUGAUGCUAGCCCGGUUAAAGCACUUCACCCCAAUAAGAAGCCCGUCUUGGUUCUGCCUCUGGCACAGAAGCUAAGCAAAGAUCAAACUGCAGUUCUUAAUGCAGUUUUGAGUGGCAAAAAUGUGUUUUUCACAGGCAGUGCAGGUACAGGAAAGUCAUUUUUGCUGAAGAGGAUUGUGGGCUCUCUGCCUCCCAAAAGCACCUUUGCUACUGCGAGUACUGGUGUUGCAGCUUGUCACAUAGGAGGGACCACACUGCACAAUUUUGCAGGUAUUGGGUCUGGCUCUGCUCCUCUUGAACAGUGUCUUGAGCUUGCACAACGUCCUGGAGUGUUGCAGCACUGGACCACUUGUAAACAUCUCAUUAUUGAUGAAAUCUCAAUGGUGGAGGCAGAGUUUUUUGACAAACUGGAAGCAAUAGCCAGAUCUAUCAGAAGAUCUACUGAACCAUUUGGAGGGAUUCAGCUAAUAGUGUGUGGAGACUUUCUUCAACUUCCACCUGUAACAAAAGGAAAAGACAAACCUAAUUUUUGUUUCCAGUCUAGAAGCUGGAGAAAAUGUAUCCGUAUGAAUAUGGAGCUGACGGAGGUGCGCAGACAAACCGAUAAGACCUUCAUAUCUCUCCUCCAGGCUGUGAGAGUGGGCAGAGUCACAGAGGAAGUAACCGCACGGCUCCUGAAAAGUGCCAAUCACUGCAUCGAGAGGGAUGGUAUCCUAGCAACCAGACUAUGCACACACAAGGAUGAUGUGGAGCUCACUAAUGAGAGUAAACUCAAACAGUUACCAGGGCCUAUGCGAGUGUUUGAGGCUGUGGACAGUGACCCUAUGCUGGUUCAGACUAUUGACUCUCAGAGUCCAGUGAGUCGCUCGUUACAGCUUAAAGUGGGAGCUCAGGUCAUGCUUACUAAAAACCUGGAUGUCCAAAGAGGUCUAGUGAAUGGAGCAAGAGGUGUAGUGAUUGACUUCCAGUCGGGAAAUCAUGGUCUCCCACGAGUGAAAUUCCUCUGCGGGGUUGCCGAGGUAAUGAAGAGAGAGCGCUGGAUGUUAAAAGCAUCGGGGGGUCAUUACUUGAGCCGACAACAGCUGCCGCUCAAACUAGCCUGGGCCAUUUCAAUCCACAAGAGUCAGGGCAUGACUUUGGAUUGUGUGGAGAUUUCCCUGGCCCGUGUCUUUGAGAGUGGCCAGGCAUAUGUCGCUCUGUCCCGUGCUCGGAGUCUGGAAGGCUUGCGUGUGAUGGACUUUGAUCCACGAGUGGUGCAGGCCAACCAGGAUGUGCUGCUCUUUUAUAAAAAACUGAGAAGGGAAAGGCUUCUUAUGCAGUCCUCAAUGGAUGAGUUUGUUGGACAGCGCAAUACGGAGAAUGAUCCUUGGUGAGGCGACAUCAAGCUCCACUUUUCAUUUGCACUGUGUGCAUGUGUAAUAUUUGAACGAUGGUUUUCAUUUGUUUUUAUUUCAUAAAUCAUGAUUUCUUAUGAUUUACAUGCUGUUCACAUCUUCAUUUUUUCAGAUGUAUAUUUAUUUUAUGACGUUUUGUGACCAAAUUUUUUUAAU